GGUUGUGUAAAUCAAACAAAGAUAAGGGUUUGACUCCACAUAGCACUCAAAUCAUUCCUAUGUGUAUCGGAUGAUGUAAUUACGUAAUUGCACUGAUCAACCCACCUGUGUUCAUCAUAUAAAUACACCAGUACCUGCUCUCAGGGCUUUGCACUGCACACUGCUUCCUACUGUCAGCCACCACAGCACAGGAACAGUCAACCACAUCCAACUGAAACGAUGCAGCAUGCCGAGGCCAAGUUCAACAAAAACAGCCUGCUCUUGGCUCUGAGACGAUACAGCUCAGCUGUCAGUGACAUGGAGCAGACCAUUCUCCUGCCGAACCUGCUGAGAGAUGUGCCCUCCGAUGAGGUGUGGGACUGUGAUGCAGCAGAGGAGUCCUGCAGAGAUCUGUAUGACAACUACCUGAUGCUCAAGGCCAUAAGAACCACAGUGGAGAGCGGUCUGAUUCCCCUGGAUGACCACAAAGCCAAGAACAACACUAUGCUCAAGACCCUGGAACCUCUUUUGGACACAGAACCUGAAGCUCUCUUUCGCUUCCACCUGAGAGGACUGUUUUCUGUGAUGACUGACCUCACCAAGAAGACUCGGAACGUAACUGAGAAAUAUAUGGACAUAAUUGGAGUGGCAAAUUAG